UGACUGCUCGACGUCAUACACACUUGCCUUUUUUGUACGCCAUCUCGGAGGAGUAUAAGUACUGGCAGCUAUCGUUCCUACCAGCCAACCCACAACCAACUUUACUAUUUAUCAACGCUUUAUCAACUCAAUCAACUACUCUCAUCAUAAUUAUGUCUUCCCAAGAGCCCAGCAAAGUAUCCGGUCAAUUCCACUCUGUCAAGGGUACCGCCGUCGAGACAAUCGGCGACGUGACCGGUAUGCAAUCUUGGACGCAGUCGGGUAAAGAAGAACACGCCAAGGGGGAGGGCGAGUACAACGCUGCCCAGGCGAAGGGAUACGUGGAGGGUGUCUCUGACAGGGCUACCGGCUACAAAGAUUCAGUCGUUGGCGCUGUGACUGGCGAUAAAUCCCAGCAAGCCACUGGGAACGUCAAGAACGAGAAGGGCCAGACACAGCAAGAGAUCAACAAGCCCACUACAUGAGUUCUAAGCCUGUCUCCUUAUAUUUCCCUUCCUCAUCGACUUUGGAGUGGAUAUGCAAUAGAACCCUUUUACAUGUAUUAGUGCCUAUCAAUUUUUUGAUACUUCAGAACAAUGAAUGUUGUCCAUUGUACCAAUUUCAGUCGUUGUAUUCACAGGCACCCCCAGAAUCUCAAAAAUUCACAGCGACAUCGAAUAUAGGCGUUCACGUCAGCUAGUAUACUUCUGUCAGCC